AUGGCGGAGGAGGACGCCGAUGCCGUCCUCAGCGACGUGGACGGGGAUGAAGACCCUGUGCCCAUCGUGCUUUCCGCUGGGAAGACCUCGCCGAUGUCCUCUUCUUCUGACGAUGCUGCCGUGAACCAGCGAAUCCGCGACUUACAAGCGGAGCUUGAUCGAGAGCGGCAGGCGCGUAAGGUCGCCGAGGACGCCCACGCCGACCUGCAGAACACGUUCGCCCGCCUCAAGGUCCUCGCCCACGAGGCCAUCCGCAAGCGCGAUGAGGCCCUGCGCGACAAGGAGGAGGCGGCCCGAUCCUCAGAGAGGGCUGCCGUCGAGCUUGCCGAGGCUGCGCGUUUUAAGGAGGAGAUCCUGAAGCAGAAGGAGGAGGCGACGAGGCAGUUGGACGAGGCAAUGAGGCAAAAGGACGCGUCAAGGUCGGAAAUGGAGUCUGCAGCGCAGAUGAUGGUCACAGGAAUUGAGAAGAUAUCUAGCAAGGUCGGAAGAUUCGUGAACUUUCCCGCAGGUGGGUUGCCCAGGUCGCAGAAGUACAUGACGGGGCUGCCUUCCGUCGCUUACGGGGUGAUCAAGAGAACAAACGUAAUCGUGGAGGAGCUUGUCCGGCAGGUGGAUUCUGCAGAAAAGGAUAGAAAUGAGGCCCGAGAGCUAGUGGAGCAACGCAAUUACGAGAUUGCUAUCGAGGUCUCGCAACUUGAAGCCACUAUCGCUGGGCUGAGAGAGGAGGUAUCACGAAAGUCCUCAGAAAUAGAGGAUUUUGAGAAAUCUGUGGGUGAGAAGGACGGGAAAAUCACCGAGUUGGCGGGGGAGAUAACCCAGCUCAGACUGUCCGGGGCGGAGUAUGAGGCCAAGUGGAAGGGCCUUCAAGAAAAAUUGGACUCACAGAGGUUGGUGGUCAUGGAUCUACUCAAGUAUAUCUCCCGAGCUCAUGAGCAGGUCAGUGAGAUCAUUGAGAACGCAGAGUCAAAUGAGUGGGAUCGCUCAGAAUUUUCGGAAUCACAAUUCAUGUGGAAGGACAUGGACAUGGAGGAGAACCUUCGGACAUCAUUGGAGGGGACUGUGUCCGUCUGUGAAUUGGCAAAGGUUGCCGCAGAGAAAGUGAGAACAUGUUUGGAAGAGAAGAAACAGGAAGUUGACUGUCUGAGCCAAAAGGUGGCUCAGUUGCUGGCAGAGAAAAGUCAUAUUGGGACUCUACUAAGAAGUGCAUUGUCAUCAAAGAUGAGUGAGGUAAGAAAAGUGGCUGCAAAUGGGCCGAGAGAAGCUGGUGUGGAUCUCAGAUUUGAUGAUUACGACAAAGAAGACGUUUCUAUAGGCAAGGAGGAUGAAGUUUAUAGAUUGGUAAGCAUAGUUUUACGUAAGAUAUAACUUUUUCUCAUUUUUGUUGUACCGACAUUAAUUGAUAGUGGAAAUAUCCUUGAUGUGUCCCUGGACUUCCCUCCUCUCCCUAAUGGAAAGGCUGGCGUGUUGGAGGACACAGUUAAGACAUCACAGUUGGAGAUUAUUGAGCUGCAACAUCAGGUAGAAGCACUCAGGUAACUGUCAUGUCACUUGGAAACGACAUUUUUUACAUCAGCUGGCGUGAACUGCUUUUUAUGAUAUGUCUAGUAAAGCAAGGAAAAGAAUAACAACAGAUUCGUACAAGUGCUGCUAUUCUUUCAGUUUCAUAUUAUAGUAAUUUUCUUUUGUCCACUGUUAGCAUUAUGUGAUAUAUGCAUAAUUUAUCGAGUGUUACUAGUAUAGAGAAUUCUGAGGUCUUUUGCCUUCAAUAUGAGUAUUAUGUGAUAUAUAUAUUCACUUUCUCUCUAUAGUAUGAUGUUAAUCGUCUGAGGAAAAGAGAAUGAUGUGUUGCAUUUUUAUCAGUUAGUAGAAGCUCCCCUUUUUUAACUCGAGUACUGCAUCUUAUUCAUUAUCUUCAAAUGAAAAGGCGAUGUAUUUGGAUUAUCUUAGCAUGGUGUUGAAAUGGCCAUCUGCGCAAAAGAAAUUAGUGGCGUGGUCUACACCUAGAUGGCGAAGUUUAUGCUAAUCACUCAGCCCUCAAAAAAUAAGUUUGUUUAAUUGCUUCGUUAUAUAAAUCCCGGCUGACGCUCUCACUCUAACACAAGGGACGUGUAUGACCCUUUCUCCAGAACAACAAUGCUGUGAAGGGUAAGAAAAUGCUAUAGAUUGAUAGGCCAGACUGCUGAUACUCAAGCAAAACCGGCCUUCCACCUUAAGGGAGAAAUUUGCCUCUCCAUCUUGCCAGUCUGCUUUCAAGAUUCUGUACCAUCUUUGCUGUCACUGCAACUUAUGGCACGCGUAGUUAAUGACAUACCUAGAUAAGAGUGAGGAAAUUUCCCUGCCAGCAGUCUGGUCAUCAGCACAUUUGAGGUGGGUCACAAAUAAAUUUUCUCUACAUGCUUGGAAGCAUCUGAUUCACCUAAACGCUUUUACUUCUGCUACAUUCUACUUAACACCUUGACUACGCACAAGAUCAGAGGAGAUAUGCAGUUCCCGUCUGUAAGUUGUCUCCAAAUGGAAGAAUCACAAAGGAUUUCCAUUUAUGAGGAUAGCAGAUGUCACCAAAGGAAUGUACGACGUAAAUCCAUCUCAGCAAAAUCUGUCAUGAAAGAUGACUGGUCCUAGUAUGUAAAAACAGACGCUCUCAUCUCCCAGUGACCUAAGUGUUCUGAAGACAUAACAUAAACAACACUCAUCCAGUCUAAUAUUUUUUGGGACGUAGGCAUCCAUAUGCCAUCCAAGGACAUCACAAUUGCCUUGGAUCUCUAACCAAACCUCAGAUCCAUACAACCUAAGGUUUCUGGUGUGUUUCCUCCUGUCUUCUCUAAUAUUUUCUUCUUGAUGAGAAAUUCCAUGCCCUCCAGGAGGAAACCUAGGAGAAAUUCCACACCCUCACACUUGUAUCUGAUGCCAUAAAUGCUCAUUCCCCAGUGACUGCCCUCUUCACAUGGAUGGAAAAUGCCCCCGCAAGGUUUCUCGGGUUUCUUUCAUUGCAUCAGAGAAUCCCUACUAGCCUAUGCUUGAUUCCAAUCAAAUAGGAUAAGGGGCAUGUGGCAGCUGAAAGCUGCCAUUUACUGGGCUUAAUAGCCUUAACUAGAUUGGCCAACGCUUCCAUCUUCUCCAUAGUCACUACACAUUCCAAACAUUUGAAACCUUUAAAGACUACAACAAUUUCUUGAACUUUACAACUCUCCACCUUACCUACAAUACCCCUUGAUCCCUGCCACAUUUCCUUGUCUGUUUAUUUGAAGAUCUUAUUAAAUAUUUCCACCCAGAGUUUGGAAUGAAGAAGGCAGGAAAUCCCUUUCAUUUCCUUACAUAUUGACCGAUCAUUAUUUUCAUCGCUCAUGUGAAGGUUAGCCACUGGAAUCUUCUCUUUAAAAUUCAAAGUGGCUUCUCUGAUACGAAUCUCAGCAAUCACUUGUUCUGAUUCUAAAUAUUGAUCAUUUUGAAUUAAAAUCAAACUUUUUGUGGGAAUAUUUAGAUUAUGUAAUUUCCUGACUUCCCAUAGUUAUAUACAUGUCUUGAUAUAUGAAUUCCAAUCAUGUUGAAUAUUACUUAUAAGCUCCUUGUCUAUAAUGUGGUUUGAUUUUGUAGUCCAAAUAAACCCGUACCAUGAUGUAUCUGAGUACGCAUUAGUGAAAAUAGAAUGCUUAUACUGGCCAGGAAAUUAACCACAUAUUCCAGUCAAAAGAUAGAAAUCGUUGGAAUAUUCUGAGCCCUUUCGUAAACAUUACAGAAAAUAUGAUUAAGACAUUUAUAGCAGCUAAAAAAUAGGUAUUCAAUAAAAUAUAGAAUAAAGUUACACCGUGGAUCCCACUCUAAUAGCUCCGAACGCAUACAAUAAAGUACCAAGGCUUCUUAUUCCACAGCAACAAAAGCAUUUAUUCAUUGUUUCAUAUACUACGGGAUUUCACUGGGAAAAGAAGAUGUUCCAUGCUAAUCGAUUCGUGUUUAUAACUGUGGGAUGCGAUUUUUCACCACCAACAGAGAUGGCCUUUUUUAUCACACCUUUGGUAACUUUCCUUGAUCGUGCAGAUGCUAUAAGACAAACCUGCUCUCAGAAAAUUUCCCUAUGUUCACUGAAAUUGUUUAUACCCCAGUUUUUCAUCACAGGACUGCUGAAUGCUCUCUGAAUUAGCAAUCCUUCUGGAGAUAGAUGCCUUGUCUUUUGCUUAUAUCAUGCAUUUUGUUAUUGCUUUAUCAAUACAAAGUGAAACAACUACGGUAGAUCACUAAUGAAAAUUAUAAUUGAAUCGGGAGCCACAGAGGCUGGCUUUCUAAAUCUCCACCAUUUUAUUCUACAGGAUAUCUCUCCUUCCCUUCUCUGAUCAAUUUUCCUUUCCAAAGCCGAUAUCCCGAUUUUCCUCGUUUAUAUAUCUGAUCAGAAAGGAAAUUUGGUCUUUGUAGAAGGUUCGUUGAACAUAUUUUACUAUCAUUCACUAUAGUUGGCAAAAAAGGGUUAGAAGUAAGCUGAACUCUUCUUUUUUAUGCAGUCAUUAGUUUUGUGAUGGAUGAGUGCUUAGAUAUAACAUUCUGAUAUGCGGUACACAAGUGAUGGUGCCUCUGCGAUUGGAUAUAUCAUAUCUUUUUACGCUAAAGAAAACUUAUGGUUAAGACCGUCUUACAAGUAAUGACACCAUGCCAAUGGAUAAAUAAAUAAAUAAAUUCGUACUACAGAUCUUUUCUUAGAAAGUGAAUGCGACUUUGUUUGUGCAGUCAUUUUGUUCGGCAAAUGACUUCAACCUUUAUAUUUCUAUGGAAGCAUAAGAUUUCUCAUCUUUACUAUAGCCACUGUUCAACAGCACCUUCAUGGUUCUAUACAUGUUUAGGCUCUGCUGACUGCUAUGUUGUUUCUUUUUUUUUUUUUGCACACCAUUUUACUGGAUUAAGGGCAGAAUGUAGUCUACUUAAAACACAGCUGGGUGCUCAUGCAAAAGAGAUUGGCCAACAAAAGCACCGCAUUAAAGAACUUGAGGAAAAAGAGCAUCUGGCGAAUGAAAGCGUAAUUCACAUGAACCUUCAUCCUUGUGCAUUUGUUGAAAGGGCUCCCUUUUUGUGGUAGUUCAUUAUGAGGAACUUUUUCGAUUUUUUGAUUUAGCUGGUUGAAAACAUCAUGUGUGAUUAAAGAGUUCUGAAUAUGGGCAUUUAUAGGUUGAAGGACUUAUGAUGGAUAUUGCAGCCGCAGAAGAAGAGAUUGCUAGAUGGAAACUGGCAGCAGAGCAAGAAGCUGCAGCAGGAAGAGCCAUUGAACAAGAAUUUGUGACUCAGGUAUAAACAAACUGACGUACUUGUUAGAAACCCGGGCAGGUUCUAUAUACUGUCAUUUAUGUGUGAAUAAUUUGUUUUCCCUUUGGCUGACGGAUGCCCUUCCGUCAUCAUGUUUCCUGAAAAUUUUGCAUCUUGAUAAUUCUAUGAAUGCAAUCUGAAUUUCUUGCCUCUAUGAAUGCAUGCUGUAUUUAUUAGGGUUUUCUUCUAUCCCGUGUUCAUCAUCUUUAGAAUGUAUGCAAUUGAACACCUUGUGUAAAAGAGGCCUUCAUGUCUAGUAAGUUUAAUCGGUGAUUAAUGAUCGAAGUCAAUAUCUGGUUUUAAUUAUUACUGCAUCAUGUACGAGUAGGUAAACAUUAGUUAAGGUGCAUUUAUCUAAUUUCAUAAAAAUUGAAAUCCUAAUCAAAGUUUAUUUGCCACUAUUAAUCUAAACCAGACAAAACGUACAAAGUACUAGGAAGAAAACAAAGAGAAGAGAAGACAGACAGCUGGGAGAACACACAUAAGAAGGCCAGAGGGCGUAAAUUCUUGUCUAACAUUAUGGUAGAUUAGAAGAAGAAACAAAGAAGUUAGAAAAGCAAGUCAACCCUGUACAUGAUUAUGCUCAUCAAGCAAGCCUGACGGUCACUUCUCAUUUCCAUUCCUCUAGACCAUUUGAAAACAUGCAAGAUCCCUAUGGUGAUCAUACCUUUUAUUUUUCUGAAUUUCUGUUAAAAUUUCAUGUUAAUACCCUUUCAAUUUUUUUCCCAUAUGAAAGCUGUGCUGAUUUGGCACUUUUUUCUACAUGAUUUAAAGUUUUCAACGAUUCUUUAGUUUAUUUAAGUUGAAAAUGAUUGCUUUCAAGUUCAGUUAUCUUUUAAGAUAACUUUAUUUUGGGAAGGUUUCCUCGUCUCUCUCACUCACUCUCAUCUUUCUCUUUUAUCCUUUGAGUCUGAUGAAUUUUCACAUGGAGGUCUAGGAAUUAGAUAUUUCCUCAUGAAACAAUCAUUCCAGGGUGAACACUAGAGUAAGAUGUAGUACACAUGAGAAGAAGGAUGGAGAAUCUUUGGAUUUGGACAUUUCUAUCUGACGGUGAAUUGGCAGCAAAUGGAUGUGUGCAUCCUAUGGGCGCAUGGUGGUUUUACAAGAGGAAAGAGAGUGUUAAUUUACUACGUUAAUAUCUCUUUGGAUGUGCGGUGGCUCACUGCUUAAGAAGGGCAUGGGAGGGUGGAAUUUUCAAUUUAAUUAUCUAAAUCUUGACAUGAUUGGACGAGUCUCUUUAUGGUAACUGAAAAAAAAGUAUAGAGAAUCGGGUAUCGAAUUUGGAGUUUCAGGCUUAGAUUGUGAAUAUCUUGGGUUUGGCUGGUGGAUAUUCCGUGGGUGUUCAUUGGUAUUAUCUGAAUCCAACCAUUCCACUCCAAAUCAACUGAUGUGGGUUGGCAAUGAAUUCCCUGAUCUGGUGAGAGAGAUUACUCAUUCCCUGGCUGGGGUAUGUUCUUCACAUUUUUUCUUUCACAAAGAUGCUUUGGGUUGGCUACAGCUGAAAUUUGUACAAACUACGGGGGGGGGGGGGGGGAAAGAGUAAAGCAGAAAAACACGCUCGAUCUUUCUCCCAUCCCUGCCACUUGAUUUGGCCUGUAGUGACUGGCAACUUCUUUCUCCUCCCGCCUGCCCUUGUGCCCCUCCCUCGAAGUAUUGUGAAGCAUGGUGGCGAGAGGCAUCAGAGGAGGGGGUAAGGGGAGGAGCAAUAUUGGGACGCAAGUCAUAUAGCGUUUUUUCUUCAUUUUUAAAAUUAUUUCAUUCGUAUAAGAUGUCUUUCACUAUAAUAAAUCCUUCAGAACAUGUUUCAACCAUACUUCAUUGCUGAAGAAAAAGCCUUGGGUCGUUGUGGGUGAGAAGGUUGUCUUCCUGAGGGAGGUGCAUUUCGGUGUCCCAUGUUUGAGACAAUAGAUAUUUUAUGCUCUCUUAUUAUCCUCAAAAACCUAGUAGUUUCUCUGUAAAAUGGUAAAUACUACAUUGCCAGCUUAUUAAAGCACAUUCACUGGUUUUAAUUUAAAGUAACAACCCUAAAACUAACUAGGAUGGAGUAAAAUUCAAAUCAAAUAGAAAUAUCAAACAUAUUUAAACCAUUCUCUUUGAGUAUCUUGUUCAAAUAAUCAGGCUAUCCAUUUCUAAGAGUAAAAUAGUAGGUACCUGUUCUUCCACCCCAAGAGAAGCAGAUUUUGAUUGUUUUAGCAUUUGAAUUAAUCGUUGGCCUCUUUCUGACUGUUUAUGAGUAGCUUUAUUAAGAUCCGUAGCGAAUUGUGCAAAGGCCUCUAAUUCUGAGAAUUGAGUUAGUUUCGGUUUAAAUUUCCUAGCUAAUUGUUUCAUGGGAUCCCCACUCUCCAGUUUUUGUAUAAUUAGACUCUCAAGUUGGAUGACUGGAGUAUGGGUCUCUAUGUCGAUAUAUAUGAAUAAUAAUAAAUGGGCAUUUAAGGAGGAAGAUAGCCAUUGUUAUAAAAGAUUACCUGUGUAGUUGCCACCCAAAAAAAAUAAAAUUCUUAUUCCUUUUGUAAAGUAUGAAGUUGAAACCGAGUAUGGUUGAGGAUGUGGAAAGAUAGUUGUAGUAGACUAAGCCAAAUAAGCUGUAAUGUUCUUAAUCCAAGGAUUACCAGUUAAGAUUCGCGUUGAAAUCAGGAUAUUGUAUAGCCUUCCUAUAUUGUGAAAUGUACAGACACUCAGAAGGCCAUAUGAUAUUUGUUGAAAUAAGGAUAGCCACUGUUACUCACGUAAUAAUUUGCAGCUGGAGGAGAAAUGAUCCUAGUUGCAUGAUGAAUUAUAUAAUCUGUUAAAAAAAUCAUGCUCAGCUUGCAUCAGUAUAUAUCCUUGAAUUUGUAGAGGAUGUCUCUAUUAAUGAAUUUACUAAAUACAGAUAUUUUCCUUUUUCCUAUAUUUAUAUCUGGUCAAGAUCCAAAAGUUUUCCUUCCUGUUCCUAUUCUGUUUCCUUUUCUAGUGAUAUCCCGUCUGCUUCGUGGAUUCUCAUUUCCAUUUAUUGGAUCCUUUGGUUAGGAAAACGGUCUUUAGUUUUAAGAAUGCAAUUUCUAAUUUUGCAUCUUACUCGAAAUGAGGCAGUCGUGUACAUCCAAAUUUAUGCUGUCAUUAACUUAGGAACUUAUAUUUAUUUGGUUGCAACUUCUCACAUUUUUUCAGUUAAUAUGUCACUGAAUCUGUUUCUUUUGACUAGUUGCCUUCAGCCCUUCGCUAGUAAUUCAUAUCACUGACCGACUAAGACUGUUAUAUAAUAUGUCCUUGCGACUUUACUUUUUUUUUUUUUCUUUUUUUUCAGUGUAGUUUCUUACUAAAUUUUGGAUAUUUAAUCUGUAGCUAUCAUCCCUUCGCCAAGAACUGGAAGAUGCAAAGCAGGCCGUCUCAGAGUUGGAGAGCAAGCUCAAAUUCAAAGAGGAAACCUCCAUGGCAGCCAUUGCUGCGAGGGACGCAGCUGAGAAAUCCUUAAGGUUGGCUGACAUGAGGUCUGCCAGGUUAAGGGAGAGGCUGGAGGAGUUGACCCAGCAACUGGGCGAGUCAGAGAACGUGGAGGAAUCCAGGAGUCAACUACGGCAGAGAUAUAUCUGCUGGCCAUGGCAGUGGCUGGGGUUGAAUAUUGUCCACCAUCAGGUUGCUACCCAGGAGAGCUCUAAUGAGAUGGAGCUCUCAGAACCUCUCAUUUAG